AUGCAAAUCAAAGCACUUCAAACACAAGUGGCCAUCGAAGAGCUGGAAGACACAGUCAAAAGAUCAAAUAAAAAUGAAUCAGAAAUAAGAAAAGAGUUGGAAAUUUAUAAACAAUCAGAUGGUAGACCAGAUAAUAGUAAAUUUAAAUUCAAUGAAACAAACAAACAUAUUAUUGAAUCCAAAGAAAAUGAAAUAAUUAAAUUAAAACAAAGAAAUAGUGAAUUACAAAAUAGUUUGGAUUUAAGAGAUAGAGAAGUGAUUGCUUUGCGAUCACAAGUAGAAUCACUGAGAGAUGAAAUUGAGAACCAAAGACAAGUUGAAGACAAUAUUGUCGAGACUCGUGAAGAACCCAUUGAAAAACUACGCGAAAAGAAUAAACAAAUUCAAACACUUCUCGAUGAACUCAGAGAUGUCGAGUCUAUUAACUUGGAGUUUGCAAAUCAAAUCAAAAAAUUAAAGAUUGAGUUAAACAGUGCUACCAAUGAAUUGCAUCUCAACGGAAAUCAGAUGGAAAUGAUGUCGAAACAAAUAAACGAAUUAAAACAAUUAAAUGAUGAUUUUGUUGAAGAAAAACAAUUCUUUAUUGAAGAGAUCGACAAAUUAAGAAUAACUCUUAGCAAAUAUGAAAGUGAAGACAACAACAUAAUUGAUAGAUACGAACAAAGUAUUAAAGAUUUACAGCAAUUAAUUCAAACAAAAGACGAAAAGAUUGUUAAACUCAAGUCAUCGGGUUUAGUGUCAGACGAUAAUACAAAAGACAGAAUAAAAAGAUUAAACAAAGAUUUAGAGGAAAAGACUAAACAAAUAGAUUUACUUAAAUUACAACUCAAUGAAGCCGUUGUUGAUAUGGAAAACCAAACAGAGAUUAUUAAGAAACUAUAUCAACACCACAAAGACGAUGAAGAAGUAUCUAAACUCAAUCAAACAAUUGCUUCUUUAACACAACAAUUUAAAUCCAUUGAAGAAGAAGUCUUAACAAAAGAUAGUGAAUUACUUAACUUAAGAAAAAAGAUUAAUAAUUAUGAAAAAGGAGAAUAUGGACUAAAAGAGGCGCUCAAAGAAGUUAGUGAUUUGAAAAAGCAUUUGGAAAAUAGAAAUCAAAGAAUUGAAGAAAUGGUCGAUGAAAUCAAUCAUUUGAAGCUUGAAUUAAAUGACGCCGAAGACAUCAUCGAUGACUUACAAGAAGAUAACAAAGUUGUGAUGAGAGAUAAAACAAAGAAAAAUAGAGGAAAUGUUGAUUUCAAACAAACAAAAAGUUCGAAAAAAGAGAGAAUAAAAACUUUAGAGUUAGAACAACAACUUCUUAAACUGGAGGACGAAAAGAUUGAAUUAACAGAAAAACUAAGACAAAAUGUCAAUCAAUCAACAGCUGAUUUACAGCUCGACAACAAAGAAAUUAAUGAUUUGAAAGAAAAACUAAAAUCUAUUGAAUCUGAAAAUCUUGAGCUUCAAAUCGGAAUGAAAGAAAUAUUGAUCGGUAUUCGCGAAACUGAUUCCAAAAGUGAUGUCAUUAUUGAAUGUCCAACUCUUGAAAGGAUUUGUCGUCUAAUGGAGAGUCGAGCCAUAAAUGGCGACCUGACUAAUGUGAUUGCAUUAAAAGCAGAAUUGGAUUUAGUUAGAGGACAUAAUGAUCAGCUAAGAACAGAUAUCAGACAAAUCAGAAAUGAUUAUUUAAAUGUCAUUACAUUAUAUACUCAAUAUUUACUAGACAUCGAUGUUAUGGAUAGUGAAGAACAACAAAUUAAUAAUACAAAUGAAGAUAAAAGUGUUUUACUAAAAGAAAGCGAUUCACAAAAAUAUGGUAAUAAUGUCCAACAAAUUGUUGAUAAUAAUCAACAAUUGACUUAUAUAUCAAAAGAGACACAAACACAUCAUACAUCUGAUGAUACAUUUGUAACGACAAUCAAAUCACAACAAGUUAUCAAAAGUUGUGAUAUCUUUACGCAAACUGAAUACUCAUUGAACAAUGAAAUGAAAUUAAAUGAUGAAAUGAAUGAAAUUAAAGACAAUCAAAUUGAAAGACAGGUUAUGUCUAACAAGUUAUGCGACAAUUGUUCCCAACUUAAGAAAGUCAUUACAUUUCUUAAAGAUUGUCUCCAAAAAUUAGAACAAUAUAUCAAAACAAGUGAAUCAAAGUUUAACCAAAGAUUACAACUUUUACAACAAGAAAAUCAGAAUUUGAUGGAUAUUUGUAAAAAUGUUUUGGAAAGUGUUAUCAAUUGUUUACAGGCAAGACUUGAGCACAAAGAAGAGUCAAUACGUCAGUACAGGAAUAUGUUAUCAGAAGCCAAACAGAACUUCGAAAAUGAAAUGAUAGGUCUCAUCGAAAGUCAAAGAGAAGGUCAACAACAAAGUGGUAUCAAUUUGGUCCAAAUGAUUGAUAACGAAGAACUUCAAAGUGCUCUCAAAAGUUGUGUCAAUGAACUUGAUUUAUGUAAAAGUCAAUUGAAUGCUAAAAUACAUCAACUCGAAGAAGAAUUAGAAAUUAAAAAUCAAAAACUUAUGUCAUAUCAUACAGAAAAUGAAGAAUUAAGACACAAAAGAACUAAUCCUAACGUUCAGCUCAAACAGUUGGUCGAAGAAUUGCGUGAAGAAUAUGACAGAGCUAUGAGAGCAGCUUCUGCUGUCAAAAGACCUCAAAAUGAAACCGAAAGAAGAGAUAAAAAAGUAGACAAUGAGUUGUUUCAAGAGUUAGCUGAUCUGAGAACUACUAUUGAGACGCAAAAACAAAAUAUUAGACAUUUAGAAGUCUCGAAAUGGGAUUCAGACAAAAAUAUUAAAGAAUUAAAGGAAAAGUUGAAAAAUAAAAUAAAAGCAAAAGAUAUCGAAAUGGGAGAACUGAAAGAAAAAUUGGAUAAAAUGAAAGAUUUAUUCAAUAAGACAGACAAUGAAAAACAAUUACUUCAAAAUAAAAUAAAUCAAAGAGAAAAGGUAUCAAAAAAUAGUCAAAAUAAAUGGACACAAACUAGUGGUGCAAACAAUGAACUGGAUUUCAAUAAAUUCAAACAAGAAAUCAAAACGUUAAAAUCUGAAUUUAAAGAUAAAGAGAAUGAAGUAAACAAUUUGCGAAAAGAGUUACAACUGAACAGAGAUAUUGAAUGUGAAUUGAAGACACUGUUAGAGGAAAGCGUUAAAAGAGAAAAGUUGUCGACAAUUCAUGAGGAAAGUCCUCAAUAUGACCAACAAUAUGAACAGCUCUUACAAGAAAACGCUCGGAUGAAAGUCGAACUCAGGAUGACUGAGUAUGAGUUAAAACGAAGAUCACAACAAUCUAAUAAUUAG